AUGACGGAUUGGACAUAUUCGGAUGGAUUUGAAUCCCGUACCGAAAUUGCCAAUUGGGUAAAUGUGGCAGCAUUUGUGUUGUCGGUAUAUCUACUGCUAUCAUUUGCUGUCCUUCCCGUCAAGUAUACUCAUCGGCACUAUUUGAGUGUCUGUCUGACCUUGGGAGUGGUAUUUAUGGAGCUCGCUUUCAUUAUCCCGCUGGGCACGAAACCGGCGCAGUGCUUCAACGAAAUUACCCCCAAUGACAUGAAAUCAAGCGGCUCUUGCGCAAUUAGCGGCGCCUUCUUGUUGUUUGGAGGUUGGGCUAUUGUCAUGUGGGUUUUCGUCAGAGCCCUAGCCCUUCAUCUCCAGAUCUGCUGGGAGGUUGUGCUUGGAGACAAGUCAUUCUACACGGCGCUGGUUCUGGGGUGGCUCAUCCCCGUUGUUGGCCUCGCCUUGACGCUCAGCCUGACUGGAGUGUCCUUCCGGUUUGGCAACGUCUGCCACAUCAACCACAAAGAUGCUCUUCAAGAUUACUGGGGACCCCUCUUGGCCUUUGCCGCCUUGGCGCUGGUGUUGCAAUUCGUCACCAUUGGCUACUGUGUCCAAGUUUACGUCAAGAGUCUUCUCGACGACAAGCCAACCACAAAUACCAGCUCUCAGCCUCCGACAUAUCAAGGGAGUAUGAAGACGGUGACGGCAAGGCAAACUUACCGCCGAGUCAAGAGAGUGAUUGAGCUUCAAUGGCGGGGAGCCAGCAUUGUGCUCGUCAUCAUCGCAGAAGUUGUGUUUUUCUCGGUGGUGUUUGUCUCGAUGGACAACAGCACCAAAGUCGACGCAGAGCUUUUGCAGAAAUCGCAGCGUUGGCUGACCUGUCUGGUGGCCAACAAAGGAGACAAGAACAAAUGCCUGUCUCUUGCGGGCGGUCUGGUAAAAUCAGAGGCGGUGGUUAUGGCAGUACUGAUUAUCCUCGGGUUGAGCGGUUUCUGGUGCUUGAUGUUCAUGGGCCGCUGGUCGAUGACUCAUGGCUGGGCCGAAUUCUUCCGAACAAGAUUGUUUCGCAAGAGUGAAUUUGUCUCGGCGGAUGCCAGACGGUUCUCGAACGACCCUCGUACGUACGAAAUGCUAAGCGGAGCGACGCCUCAACUGAACAUCCAAACCCCAGAUCGAGCUUUGACGAGCCCCAGAAUGCGGAGCGAGUUCUCGCACACGGAUACAAAGCAAGAUCUGUAUGGCUCGGGGAGAGCAUAUGUCACUCCGGUGGCGAGCUACUCCCAUCCCACUCCCCCGACCCAACACAAAGAAUGGGAUCCGAGGUCGACACACGCCAGGCCGAUCGAUGUAUCCGGAAAAGGCCUUGAAAUGAACAUAUAUCCGGGAUGA